GGCGCGGUCCUCAGUUCUGUUCUUGUCUUCUCACUAAAUUAUCUUGAGUUAGGGAGCUGGACAGAGAGUUAGAGAGGAGAGACUUACAGAGAAACAGACAGACAGUCUUAGGGUGUGAGAGUUAGGGCGAGAGACGGUGAGAGUGAGAGCGAGAAAGUGUUUUUGAGAGAGAUAAGAGUGAGAAAGCGACUUACUGAGCGAGAGAAUAGGAAUUCUAAGAGUAGUGAGGCCUGUAUAGGAUGUCAUGAUAGACUAAGACGUGAAGAAAGAUCUGCACCGUCUGCCUGUUCAGACCCAGACAGAGGCCCAGCAGUCACACCCUGCAGCCUGAAGUAGAGAGGAGUGAGUGAGGGAGGUACUGUGUCUUGGCACACCAUCAAUACACAGGACAUCCACAAACCAGAGAAAGAGAACAUGGAGACCCUCAUCAUCAAGAAUGAAGAGAAUACAGAAGAGAGUCAUCCCACAACUGGAAGAAAAGAUGUCACCACAUCCAUGAUAAACAUGUGGGAUCUGAACCUAAACCAGGAACAAGAGGACCCAACAACAACGCACAAUAAGCCAGGGGAGAACACCCAGCCUCAGAACCAGGACCAAGAGGAUCCAAUAAGAACGCAUGAUAAACCAGGGGAGAACACCCAGCCUCAGAACCAGGAACAAGAGGAUCCAAUAAGAAUGCACGAUAAGCCAGGGGAGAACACCCAGCCCCAGACAAUCUCUAGGGGGUUUACUGUCACCCCAGAAGAUGUGCUGUGUGACUCCUGCAUCGAGAUCCCGUGCCAGGCCCAGAAGUCCUGCCUCACCUGCCUGGUGUCGUACUGCGAGGCCCACCUCAGACCCCACCUGGAGAACCAGAGGUUCCAGAAUCACCGACUGGUGGAGCCCUUACAGGACAUCGAGUGUCGCACCUGUGAGGAGCACCGGCUGCCGCUUGAACUAUACUGCCUGACGGACGGCUGCGGUGUGUGUGUGUGCUGCGAGUGUGAGGGACAGGGGCAUCUGGGGCACAGUACUGUACCUGUAGAGGAGGCUCGAAGACAGAUCCAGACAGAGCUGCAGAAGAAACAAGGGGAGAUUAUGAAGACCGUCUCAGUGGCAGAGAAUGCCGUUGGCAAGCUACAGAGCAACACUGCAUCCAUAGAGAGCUCGGUGGCAGGGGUACGUGUUGUGAUGGAGCAGCAGUUCUACCUGCUGCAAGGGGCCGUGGAAGAGGCCCGGAGGAGGGCCACGGAAGUUCUGGAGGGGGAGCAGAGGCAGGCGCUCAGCCAGGCCGAGGGCAUCCAGGCCCACCUGGAGCAGAAGAGCCAAGAGCUGAAGAAGACCCUGGCCAGAGUGGAGAGACUCUUCAGGAACAAGAGGGACGUGGACUUCCUGCAGGAAUACUCAGAGUGGAAGACGGGGGCGGUGGAUGUCUGUCUGCCUGGGCUCUACGUCGGCCUCACAGAUCGCCUGGCCUCCUUCAGCUGCCUGCUCACUGAGUCCACCCAGGAACUGUGUGACCAGCUCAAGGCUACCUACAGAGACAAACUGAAGGACAUCUGCAGGACUGAGAAACUGGGCGUUACAACCAUGGUCCAUCCCAAGAUGUCAAGGUCUUUUUCACUGCCUGAGCCUGAGAUGCGAGACGACUUCCUCACGUAUGCCAGCAGUCUGACCUUUGACCCAGACACUGUCCACAAGUUCCUGAGACUAACCGAAGACGACAGGAAGGUGACCAACACCACGCCCUGGCAGCACAGCUACCCAGACAUGCCCGAACGCUUCGAGUACUGGCGCCAGGUGAUGACCUCAGAGAGCUUCUACCUGGGCCGACACUACUUUGAGGCAGAGCUGAGUGGGGAGGGCGUGCACGUGGGACUCACCUACAAGAGCAUCGACCGGAAAGGCGUGGAGAGAGGCAGCUGCAUCACAGGAAAUGACUUCUCGUGGAGCCUCGGAAGGGAGGGGCGGAGCUUUUCCACUUGGCAUGCUGAUAUGGAGGCGGUCGUGGAAGCCACAAGUGUGUUCACGAGGAUCGGCGUCUACAUCGACUUUGACUCGGGCUCAUUAGCUUUCUAUGGUGUGACUGACGUCGCUAUGACACUCCUCUACAGGUACAAGGCUGAGUUCAUGGAGCCCUUGUAUCCUACUGUCUGGCUCUCAAAGAAGGACAGUGUGGUGUUAUUGGUUGGUCCUAAGGACCCCCCACUAAUGAAGAGCUCAACUCUGCCUGCCACCCCCAUCACUCCCAUGGCAACAUCAGCUCCUGUCACUCCGGAAUCAUAAUACUUUGACUGCAGUAGUGUAGUUAGGUUAGAGAGGCGGACCAGUACACAUUUCUGUUUCUCACAAAUACAAUAAAGUAUCUAGUCUAUUCAUAAGCAGUUGCCUUAAGUGACUGAUACUGUACUUAUUUAACAGGACACAGAAUCAAGUAUCACAAGACAACAGACAGGGACUUUACAGGGGGUGUCUGCACUCAUCCAGGACCUAUAUACUAGGCAGUGUCAGAGGAAGGCCCAAAAAAUUCUCCAGACUCCAGUCACCCAGCUCAUAGACUGUUCUCUCUAC